AUGGAAGAGCUUAAACAGAAAGCAAAAUCAUUAGGACUGUGGAAUCUAUUCCUUUCCAAAGAUUAUCGUCAACAUCAAAAUGGAAAUAGAGGUUUAACAACUCUCGAGUAUGCAAUUAUGGCAGAAAUCAUGGGAAAAUCUAUACGCAUUGCACCAGAAGCUACAAAUUGUUCACCACCAGAUACAGGUAACAUGGAAGUAUUUGCAAAGUAUGGAACGCCAAAUCAAAAAGAGAAAUGGUUAAAGCCUUUAUUAAAUGGUGAGAUUAGAUCAGCGUUUGCAAUGACCGAGAAAGCAAUGGCAUCAUCAGAUGCCACAAAUAUCCAAACAUCCAUUAAACGAGUUGGCAAUGAGUAUGUGAUUAAUGGUCAUAAAUGGUGGAUUUCCGGAGCAGGAGAUCCAAGAUGUGCUGUAUACUUGGUAAUGGGAAAAUCUGACUUUAGUUCAAGUGAUACAAAGAAUAAUAGACAUCAACAACAUAGUUUGGUUAUUGUGCCAGCCAAUACACCUGGUAUUAAAAUUAUUCGACCAAUGACUGUGUUUGGAUAUGAUGAUGCACCAGAAGGACACUGUGAAAUUGUUUUUACUGAUGUUAGGGUCCCGGUUGAAAAUAUCAUGUUGGGAGAAGGCAGAGGAUUUGAAAUUAUUCAAGGUAGAUUAGGACCUGGUAGGAUUCAUCAUUGUAUGAGGUCUAUAGGAAUGGCAGAACGAGGACUUGAAUUGAUGUUAUUACGAGUAACAGAUCCAUCACGACGUACAUUUGGUAAAUUAUUAGCAGAACAUGGAACCAUCGUUUCUGAUAUAGCAAAUGCACAUUGGCAUGGCAAAGGUAAGAAAAAUAAUGAUAGUUCACCAAGUGUAUUACUCAAAGUUCUUGAUUUAUCAAUUCAAGCUCACGGAGCAGCAGGUUUAAGUGUAGAUUUUCCGCUUGCAUACAUGUAUGCAAUAGGACGAACUUUGAGAAUUGCUGAUGGGCCAGAUGAAGUACAUAUUCAACAAAUUGGUAAAUUGGAAUUGAGAAGAUCUUUAGAAAUUAAAAAAUUUUAUGAGGAUCGGCCAAAAUAUAAUAAUAACAGUGAUCCAAUGUUGUCGAAGUUAUAA